GCAAGAAAGGAUCCAGGCCAUGGGGACCGCGGCUUACAUCAUCGUUGCUCUGAGCUUCUUUGGCCAUUGGUCUGGCAGCCCCUCCGCAGCAGGUGAGUCGGGGUCCCUCCUCGCUCCUCUGUGCCUUGGAGAAUCAGUGGGCAAAGGGCCAAAGGGAAGGACCAGACGGGCAUUCAGAGGGGCACGUGGGACAAAAAAUCAAAACCCCCUCAGAAACUGAGACCUUGAAGCCUUGGCUCUGGGUCUAGAAAUGCAGUGAGCCCCCAGUGAGCUUCAUGGCCGAGUGGGGAUCUCAACCCUAGUCUCCCAGGUCCCGAUCCAACACUCUAACCAUUACAGCGCACUGCCUGUUUCCUGCCUGUUCCUCAUUUUGUUGACUUGGCUUAAUGGGGAAUUGAAAGAGCUUGAAGUAAGUAAACUGGCUAUCUUGGCUCGUUUCUUCUGUGUUUACCCUGCUAUUGUCUAUGUGGGAAAUAUUCUUCUUACAGGAGAUGGAGAUUAAUUUUUGCUGGUGACGCCUGAUGGCUGUGCUGAUCUUUGCACAAAGUCUUAAGAGACCAGGAAGCCUGCCAGGCCAAUGGCCCAUCUAGUCACAGAAAUGUAGAGUUGGAAGGGAUCCCCAAAGGCCAUCUAGUCUAACCCUCGGCAGAGCAGUAACCGCAGCAAAAUAAUCCCAGGAUCCUGUAUCUCUCUCUCUUUGGUCUUCACCCAACCCUCUUUCAAAAGCAGCUGAAGACUCGAUAGAGGGCCCCUCUUCUCCUUGCCCGACGGACUGGCUCUUCUACGAGGGCAGCUGCUAUGGAUACUUCUCUGACCGGAAGUGUUGGAAAGAGGCCGAGGUGAGUCCUGAGUCGCGCCUGGAUCAUUCACACCAGACCCAACACCCGGCAAGGCUGAUUUUCCAAAGAGACACUCUUGAACUGACGGCUUUAUUUAUUUAUUUAUUGACAAAAAUAUACAUUAAAAAGGAAACAGAUAAAGCAUACAUUAAAAGAAAAGUGGGUAAAAAGAUAAAACAAUCUUACAAUGUUGAUUUUUUUUAAAUAAAAAAAAUAAUCACAAAAUUGUCCAGUAGCACCUUAGAGACCAACUGAGUUUGUUCUGGGUAUAAGCUUUCGUGUGCAUGCACACUUCUUCAGAUACUUCUGAUUUAUUUCGACUGCGUCAGACCAACACGGCUACCUGCCUGAAUCUAGAAUCUUACAAUGGUUAUUCUUAGACUGAUGUAGAUCUUGACUUAUAUAUAAAUAAAUUAUUUACAAAUCUAAGAUUUAUAUAGUAAUAUAGUUAUACAAUACAGUAUCUAAGGAAAGAAAAGAAAAAAAUGACAAUUUAAACAAUAAAAAUACCUAUCUAAUGUAAAGUAAUACUUAAUAUAAUUCAAACCAAUAUUAGUGGUUUUUAAAAAAAAUUUCAACCUUCAAUCUGGGUUGAAUCCCUUUUCAAUUUAUUAUAUUGUUGACUUCCUCCUACCUCAUUACGGUUUCAGUUCGAGUAUUCCUAUUUCCCCCCUCUAUUUAAUUGUUUUUCCUCAUCUUGGAAUGAAGAAAAAUAUUUUACUAUCUGCAAGAUUAUUCAAGACACAGCCAAGUCUUAUUGUUGGAACCUUGUUUUGUUAAGUAAUUGUUAAAACAUUCCCAUUCUUUUUUUACUUUGUAUUUUCUUUUCUUUUGCUUUAUUGUUCAUAACUGCGUCCAUACAACAUAAACUUGAAUUCAUUGUUACCCACAACUCAAAGUCAAGUCAUAAAAAAGGAAUAUAUAUAUAUACAAAUUUCCUAACAAUAGAUUUUCUCCAUCAACAUUUGACUUCCCGUCCUUUCCAUCUUCCUUUCUUUUUAAUCAACUUGUUGCUUAGCUUAACUAUUUAUUUAACAAAUAGUCUUUUUUUUAACUUUGUCUGUUGAUUGAUUUCUUAUUGCCUCCGUCAUUUUUUGCGAUUCCUCUCUAGAUGGUGUAAGUUCGCUUUUCUAAUAUUUGACUUCUAAAAUUCUGGCUGCUGUCACUGCAUAAAGAAAGAUUCUUUUGCUUUCAUUUGGAAUGCUCACUGUUAGGAAUCCUAAUAAAAUCGCCUCUGAACUGACCACAUUCUUCUCCUGCCCCGGCUUAGGAAGAGUGCCAGCAACAAGGCUCCCACCUGGCUUCCAUCUUGACCAAGAAAGAGUGCUGCCGCCUCCGCAGGUACCUCUCCAGGUUUCGGCCUGACGGGGACGUCUGGAUCGGGCUCCACAAUAUUGCCAAGGUUGGUCUCCCCACCAACCCCCACCUUAAGCAACCCCCACUCCCCAGAGCUUAGCUCCUUCACACGAUUUCAUUUAAUGUUUUUAAUGUUUAAUAGGUUAUUGUAUUUUAGUGUUUUGUUGGAAGCCGCCCAGAGUGGCUGGGGAAACCCAGCCAGAUGGGCAGGGUAUAAAUAAUAAAUUAUUAUUAAUAUUAUUAUUCAUUUCGUUCUUUAUUGCCUGCCCUUCACCCCAAGGUCCCAGGGCAGGUUGUAGCAAUAAAACACAGCAUAAAAAACCCCCAGUUAAAAACAACUUAUAACAACAACAACAAUAACAAUUUAUUAUUUAUACCCCGCCCAUCUGGCUGGGUUUCCCCAGCCACUCUGGGCAGCUUCCAACAAAAUAUCAAAAUACAGUAGUCUGUUAAACAUUAAAAGCUUCCCUAAACAGGGCUGCCUUCAGAUGUCUUCGAAAAGUCUGGUACUUGUUCUUCUCUUUGACAUCUGCUGGGAGGGCGUUCCACAGGGCGGGUGCCACCACCGAGAAGGCCCUCUGCCUGGUUCCCUGUAACUUGGCUUCUUGCAGUGAGGGAACCGCCAGAAGGCCCUCGGUGCUGGACCUCAGUGUCCGGGCAGAAUGAUGGGGGUGGAAAUGCUCCUUCAGGUAUACUGGACCAAGGCCCUGUAACUUGCCAUUACAGUGGUACCUCGGGUUAAGUACUUAAUUCGUUCCGGAGGUCCGUUCUUAACCUGAAACUGUUCUUAACCUGAAGCACCACUUUAGCUAAUGGGGCCUCCCACUGCUGCCGCGCUGCCAGAGCACGAUUUCUGUUCUCAUCCUGAAGCAAAGUUCUUAACCCAAGGUACUUUUUCUGGGUUAGCGGAGUCUGUAACCUGAAGUGUAUGUAACCUGAAGCAUAUGUAACCCGAGGUACCACUGUACAGGGAUGAGUUGGACCCCCAAACCACACACCUCAAGCAGGGACCCACAUGCCACCCCCUCAGCCGUUUUGAUCUGCAGAAUUGGCACUGCUACAUACCGCAUUGGCCCGAAUAUAAGCCGCACCCACGAAUAACCCACACCUUUAAAAUUCAAGGGGGGGGAAGAAAAAAAGACAAUACCCAAAUAUAAGCUGCUUCCUAAAAAUUCUGCAGACACUCACACCUGUAAAUGGCAGAAGUAGAAGAAAAUCCUACAGCAAUAUCAUAAAAGCCAAUUUUUGUAAGGUCGUGAAUUUAAGCUGCACUUUUCACAGUUGGAAUUUUGGGGGGGAAAGUGCAGUAUUCAGGCCAGUACGGCAAUGCCCGUUGUGCAUUCGUAAAGAUAAAUUCACAACCGUAGUUUAAAAGAUACAGGAAGCUGAAACACUAACACAGUUUGGAAUUCACAGCAGCCUUCUAAGCUUCUGGGUGUAGGCUUGCCUAAAGAGGAAUGUUUUGUAGCAGGCGCUGAAAAGAGCACAGGGAACGCACUUGCUUGAUCUCAAGAGGCAGGGAGUUCCAGAGGGGAAGGCGUUGUCAAUCAAAAUGAUCUGAGUUCUUGAAAAUGUGGAACGGCCAUUACAUGGCACCUGCAGUUGUGCCCAUUCUGGCCCAUCCAGAGUGUGUUCUUGGAGUUGGUGACCUCUUGCUUCAAGAUAAGAGUAUAGGAACAGGAAUACCCUUUUAUGGUCAGAAGCACAGGAAGGCAAACCCUUUUAUGGUUAAGAGUACCGGAGCAGGAACAUCUGUGGUGUCAACCUGUGUGUAUAGACUGACGUGGCUGGAUUCCUGGGGAAGGGGGGAGAGGGUGCCUGGAGGAUAUAUAUACUGCAUUAAAUUUCUCAUUUCUUUGGACUUGCUGUGAACUGACCACGCAAGUGCCUUCUGCUAUCCGGAGAGCAGAAUAAACUCUUUCUUUGAAUCAACCAUGUUGUCAUUUGACUUCCUCCCUCCCUCCUGGGAGCAACGCAGACCCAAUAGGUGAACUCCAAUAAGGCUACACCACAAGCCCACCUGAAGCAGUCAGGUGGGCUUGUGUGGGGUAAGGAUAUCUCAUGGGUAAACGGGUCCCAAGUUAUUGAGGACUUUAUAUACUAAUAGUAACGCCUUGAGCUUGCCCUGGAAGCAAACUGGCAAUCAGCGCAGACUGGCUGCAUGAAGUCUACACUCCUGAAGCACAUUCAAAGAGCUGUCUUUCCUGCAAAGAAUUCUGGGUGCUGUAGUUUGUUAAGGCCUUUCUGGGAAUUGUAGCUCUGAGAGGCAUUAAGGAUGCUUUGAAGGCAAGAAGGUGCAUCAAAUGUGCUUCAAAGGCCACAGUCUCCUUGCUGCUCUCCGUGACCACAUUCUGAGAGCUUUAAAAUAAUGCUUCUGACAUUAUUUCCAUCUCUCUCAGAGAGAGAGAGAGAGAGAGAGAGAGAGAAGUUGACUGUUCCCAUCAGUCCAGGAAAUGCUCAUGUCACCUAUUAUUAUUUGCUAAAUGACCGUGAAAAGAUGUCUAUUGUCAACAUGGGUGUGCUCCAAAAGGCUCUUAGCUUUUCCCCAGCCCUUUCUAUUUGCUUCGAUUAAUCUAUGCUCUGUGCAAACUCCCUCACCUUAGUGUGCAAACCCACACCUUUUGUUUUAAAUGGGGGAGGGGGAAGCAGUGCAUGAGUGAGCAACUUGCCCCCCCCACCCCAGUCUUGCUCUGCCUCUGCUUCAAGGCUGCUCCUUUCCCCUCCUCAUCAUUGCUGGAGAGCAGGACCAGAGACUGACUGAGUUUGCUUGCAUGCUGCUUUUACACUACUAUGAGAUGUGCCCAAAUUGGCUUAUGGUAAAUAUAUCAAACGCUCAGAAUAUCGAAAUAACAGAGUCCUGGAAAUGCAGACAUACAAAAUACAGAACGUGUUGGCAAAUGACAAAAGAAAUGAGAACAAAUUGACAAUGUGGCAAGAGUAGAAUAAAUCCAAUAUUUGUUGUUGUUGUUUAGUUGUUAAGUCGUGUCCGCCUCUUCGUGACCCCAUGGACCAGAGCACGCCAGGCACUCCUGUCUUCCACUGCCUCCCGCAGUUGCGUCAAACUCAUGCUGGUCUCUUCGAGAACACUGUCCCACCAUCUCGUCCUCUGUCGUCCCCUUCUCCUUGUGCCCUCCAUCUUUCCCAACAUCAGGGUCUUUUCCAGGGAGUCUUCUCUUCUCAUGAGGUGGCCAAAGUCUUGGAGCCUCAGCUUCAGGAUCUGUCCUUCCAGUGAGCACUCAGGGCUAAUUUCCUUCAGAAUGGAUAGGUUUGAUCUUCUUGCAGUCCAUGGGACUCUCCAGAGUCUCCUCCAGCACCAGAAUUCAAAAGCAUCAAUUCUUCGGCGAUCAGCCUUCUUUAUGGUCCAGCUCUCACUUCCAUACAUCACUACUGGGAAAACCAUAGCUUUAACUAUACAGACCUUUGUUGGCAAGGUGAUGUCUCUGCUUUCUAAGAUGCUGUCUAGGUUUGUCAUUGCUAAAUCCAAUAUUACAAAAAAACAAAAACAAAACACCCACAAAACAUUUAAGUUGAGAAAUGCAAUUUUUCUAACAAUAGCACGGUCUUGCUGCACUCCAAAGAGCCUGGCUUUAAAAUCAGCUACAAAUCUAGCUAACAGUCACCUUGUCCAGCCCUCAUUCUGUUCUUACCUCUGGGUUGCAUCAUGUUCCAUUCAGGAAACAGCUGGUGGCACACUCUCCUUCCCUGGAAGUCUUUAAACAGAGGAACUGUUUAGGUGUGGUUCCUCUGCAUUGCAGGGGGUUGGAUGGCCCCUGGUGUCCCCUCCCAACUCUCCAAUUCUGUGCCAAAAGCAAGAGUUUGUCACUGGCAGCACGGGAAGCUGCUGCUUUCUCUCGUUGCCCAUCUAGCCAAGGGUCCAAGCGCGUUUAUCGCAGGCUGUGACACUUUUAAUUAGGGAUGCUGUGGGGGACUCUGUCCUGAGCCCUUCUUCAUGCCAAGCAAGUACUGUUCUUACUUAGUUAUUGCAUUUAUAUCCUACCCUUUUCUCCAAGAAGCUCAAGGCGGACCUGUAGUUCUCCCUUUCCUCAUUUAAUCUCCAAAACAACCCUGUGAGGUAGGUCAGGCUGAGAGAAGACAGCGACCAGCUCCCAAGGCCGCAGCCAAUGAGCUUCUCAGCCCAGUCCUUCUUAGCUCCUAGUCUGAUGCUCUAACCACUACACCAGGCUGCCUCUCACUUAGUUGGGAGCCCUCCCCAGAUCGAGCCUGAUGCCUGUGGCAGGGAGGUCCACUACCAACCAUUACUGGGUGCUUUGGGAGAAGGUGCCCCUGUCUGAACUUUGCUCUUAUGAGUCUAUGGGAGCCCCUGUCCUCCUCCUCCUUCCACGCACCCCUCGAGGCACACGGGCCACCCCUUCCUCGUUUUCUGUGUUCCCCCAGACUCCUGGAAGCACAUCCUGGCAGUGGAGUGACGGACUCAUCGCUGACCACACGCAGUGGAGCACCGGGCAGCCCAAUAAUCAUGGCAAGACUGGCGAGUGGUGCGUGGAGCUGUGGCGAACUACAGGUGAGAAGCUUGGGCAAAGGUGUGCAUUGCACUCUGUGGGCUGGGCAUCCCCUCGCUCCCCUUCUUCCUCCCUGACCCUGGCGGAAGGGAGACAGGGUGCGGUGGGUCUUUAUCGCAGAAGCUGGUUGUGACCAGGACUGGCCAGUGCUUAUGCUGCCACGAGCACCGCCUUCCUCAUGACCCAGAACCUCAGGACAGCCUGGCUGCAGCAGAUGAAUCAGGCCCAAGUGGGGGUGGCGGGGGAGGGGAGUCCAAUUAGUCCAGCAUCCUUUUGGUAGAGCAGGAGACGCUUCCAUCUCAAGGUCGUGGAUUUGAUCUUCAUGUUGGGCAAAAAGAUUCCUGCUGUUUGACAGUGGAAAGGUCUCCCUCGGAAGGUGAUGGCCUCUCCUUCCUUGGAGAUUUUUAGGCAGAGGUUGGCUGUCCAUCUGUCAUGAAUGCUUUCAUUGAGAUUCUUGCAUAGAAGCCGGUUGGGCUGGAUGCCCUUUGUGGGUGCCUUCCAACCCUACCAUUCUGCUUCUGCUCAUCCCAAAUUUUGGCACUAAUUCCUGUCUCACCUCUUAGGUUUCAGAAAAUGGAACGACGAGCUCUGCAGCCGUAAGAACAGCUAUGUCUGCAAGUACGAGGCUGAGAUGUCUGCCGCGGAAAACGACUGCGAGUGAGCAGCAGAGGCUCUCCACUGCCCUGGUGGGCUUCCUUCUCCGCUGUUUGGCCUCUCCUGUGCCAGGCAGACAAAGCUCUUCCUUUCCCCUUCUUUCCAGCCGCCACAGUGUGGCAGCAAUAAAGUCUCUGAAGCAAG